GACUAGAGUUAGCCACACGGUCCCCACGCGAAGGACACGAGAGCUGUACACUGCCAACCCCGUUCCGCUCGUCUUGUCCCACUGUUAGAGGCUGCGUUCGCCUUCUGCGUCCGUCACUUCAGAACUGUCAGCGAGAUGGAAACUACCACCAUCACCACCACGCAGACCGCAUUCACCUUUGGACUUACUGAAAGACACGCCAGCAUCAGCCUGCACGCCCCGGCCCAGGACUGCGCUGUCCCCGCCGUGCACCCCAGCACCAACGCUGCCGGCUACCAAAGCAAAACCAAGGUGCUGAAGAGACAGCGCUCCAGCUCACCGGAGCUCCUGCGCUGCAAGCGGCGUCUGAGCUUCAACGGCCUCGGCUACUCCAUCCCUCAGCAGCAACCCGUGGCCGUGGCCCGGCGGAACGAAAGAGAGCGGAACCGGGUCAAACAAGUCAACAUGGGCUUCCAGACGCUGCGUCAGCAUGUGCCAAACGGCGCCGCCAACAAGAAGAUGAGCAAAGUGGAGACCCUUAGGUCUGCGGUGGAGUACAUCAGAGCUUUGCAACAACUUCUGGAUGAACAUGACGCUGUGUCAGCUGCUUUCCAGUGCGGGUUGCCAUCCCCGACACUCUCCAACAGCUACUCCGCCGACCCGGAGUCACCUCACUCCACCUACUCAUCAGAUGAAGGUGGAUAUGAGCCUUUGAGCUCCGAGGAACAAGAGCUGUUGGACUUUACAACCUGGUUCGACAGGUACUGAGGCUGACAGCAUCCAGAACCACACAGCAGCGUCUGUGCGUAAAAGCGGCUGACAAAAGACUUAAGGCAUCAGAUCAGUCUCGCCCUCCGUGCUUGGAAGUGAUCUGUUGCCUCCCUCCCUCACCCGGGCUGCUUCUGCAGGAGCAAAGCAAUAGUGAGAAAGAGAGAGAGUGAGUGUGAGAGAGAGGGAGCCUCUUGUUGCAUAGAGCAUGAAUACUCGCCCCGAAGUCCCCACAAGAAGGAGGGAGUUGGACUCGGUGUCACGUUGACGCGUGGACGUAAAGAACUGUUGAUGUUAUGUUUGAAUAAGUGCAAUUAAUACGUGACACAGCAGGCUCUGCAGAGAUGGCGCUGCAGCUCCAGAGGACUUGUUUGAUGAGUGUCUCAUCAGAGCAGGACUGCCUUCCUCAGCUGCAAGACAAGGCAAAAGAUGAUGCAUCAACAGACUGUUUUUAACGUGCUGUACAUUGUUUCCACCCGUUUAAUAACAAAACUGUAUCAUAAUUGUUUUAACAUGAAGACAUAUUUUUGUACAAUGAGUCAAACAAACAAUGUUCCUGAACAACUGCCACCUUUUCCUGACAGUGUUGUGAGAGCCAGCUGUCAGUGAGACAGUGAGUUGGCAUGUAUGAGUUGUGUGACUGGACAGCAAUAUCAAGGCUACUACCUGUGACAGAUUGUAGUUUUUUUUCUUUA